AUCUUAUCAAAUAAACGUAAACAAGGGGAUGAUAUCAAUUUAAAUCCGGGACGAAGCUUGGAGGCAGCCAUGGCUUCCAUUUCAUGCACAGCUCCUUGUGCGAGCUUAUUCUUUUCUACCACUAACACUUCUUCUUCUUCUUUGUCACUUAAGCUCCCCUCUCGGUUUCUUGGAACUCGGGUUGUGAAGCUCCGGCUCCGACUCGGACCCUCCAAUGGGUCUAGAGCCACUUGCUGGUUCAAGUUCGGAAAGAACGGAGUCGAUGCUGAGAAUGCUGGAAUCUAUGGCAGCCAGUCACGUGACGAUUUUGACAGAGACGACGUUGAGCAGUAUUUCAACUACAUGGGGAUGCUUGCGGUUGAAGGUACCUACGAUAAGAUGGAGGCUCUUCUCAACCAAAAUAUUCACCCUGUCGACAUCCUUUUAAUGCUGGCUGCCUCAGAAGGAGACAAGCCUAAGAUUGAAGAACUUCUCAGAGCUGGUGCUGACUACACGGUUAAGGACGCUGAUGGCAGAACCGCUCUUGACAGAGCCAUCAGCGAGGAGAUCCGUGACUUGAUCCUUGGAUCCCUCCCUCAAAAGGCUUGACAAAUAGGCCUUUUCUUUUGCAGAGUUAGCUUUAUCUUUCAAAGAAGGUGAUGUCUGUUUUUGUAACUCUAGUUGAAAUCUCAGUUGUCCUUCAUGUUUUUAGAAGAGUAUAGUCAAGAAGCCUCAAGAAGCUACAACUUUAAAGUA